CCCUCUUCUGCAGCAGAGAGCACCAGCUCCUCUAAUCCUCCUGCUUCCCCCUCCCCCAAAUUCUUUUCUUGGGGAGUAACAACUAUAGCUUUGGGGAUGAUAUAGCUUUAAGACGACUUUUGGCAAAUGUAAAUGUCCUAACAUCUGGGCAGUGUUACCAGAAUCCCGGAGGCCCUGACAGACCAGGAGCCACUGGUUCUAGGAAUGUUAAAGUAGAAGGGUUUUUUCCCCCCUGACUGAUGAGAGGAGCAGAGAGCAAGGAGAAAGAGGAGAAAUGAACGAGACCACAAAAAUCAUAAAAUAAAAAGCAGAUCCCAUAUGCCUGCUUCCUCUCACUUUUGGGAGUUCAUAGCUGGUUCUGCUCUAAAAGUCAUUCUGCCUUAUCCUAGUACUUGUGGCCACAUAGUACCCCAGUCUUGUCUUCUGAAGCUUCGCUGUCAAGGACGAUGCCUGGCCCACUGACUCAAAGAGGUGCUCUCUCACUGCUGCUCCUCCUAACGCCCGCAGUGACACCAACAUGGUACGCAGGCUCAGGUUACUCUCCAGAGGAAAGCUACAAUGAAGUAUAUGCAGAAGAGGUCCCUGCUGCCCGUGUUCUGGACUACAGAGUCCCCCGAUGGUGUUACACAUUGAACAUCCAGGAUGGAGAAAGCACAUGCUACUCACCAAGGGGAGGAAAUUAUCACAGUAGCCUAGGCACGCGUUGUGAGCUCUCCUGUGACCGGGGCUUUCGACUGAUUGGACGGAAGUCGGUGCAAUGUUUGCCAAGCCGGCGUUGGUCUGGAACUGCCUACUGCAGGCAGAUGAGGUGCCAUGCACUGCCAUUCAUCACUAGUGGCACCUACACCUGCACCAAUGGAAUGCUGCUUGACUCCCGUUGUGACUAUAGCUGUUCUAGUGGCUACCACCUAGAAGGCGAUCGCAGCCGCAUCUGCAUGGAAGAUGGGCGAUGGAGUGGAGGCGAGCCUGUAUGUGUAGACAUAGAUCCACCCAAGAUCCGUUGUCCUCACUCUCGUGAGAAAAUGGCAGAGCCAGAGAAAUUAACUGCUCGAGUCUACUGGGACCCACCCUUAGUGAAAGAUUCUGCUGAUGGUACCAUCACCAGGGUGACACUUCGAGGUCCAGAGCCUGGUUCUCACUUCCCUGAAGGAGAGCAUGUGAUUCGUUACACUGCCUAUGACCGAGCCUACAACAGGGCCAGCUGCAAGUUCAUUGUAAAAGUACAAGUAAGACGAUGUCCCACUCUGAAACCACCACAGCACGGCUACCUCACCUGCAGCUCAGCGGGGGACAACUAUGGUGCCAUCUGUGAAUACCACUGUGAUGGUGGUUAUGAACGCCAGGGGACCCCAUCCCGAGUCUGCCAGUCAAGUCGACAGUGGUCAGGAUCACCACCUGUCUGUACUCCUAUGAAGAUUAAUGUCAAUGUUAACUCAGCUGCUGGCCUCCUGGAUCAGUUCUAUGACAAACAGAGACUCCUCAUAGUUUCCGCUCCUGAUCCCUCCAAUCGAUACUACAAAAUGCAGAUCUCUAUGCUGCAGCAAUCCACCUGUGGACUGGACCUGCGGCAUGUGACCAUUAUUGAAUUGGUAGGACAGCCACCUCAGGAGGUGGGGCGCAUCCGGGAGCAACAACUAUCAGCAGGCAUCAUUGAGGAGCUCAGGCAAUUCCAGCGCCUUACUCGUUCCUACUUCAACAUGGUGUUGAUUGACAAGCAGGGUAUUGAUCGAGAACGCUACAUGGAACCUGUCACCCCUGAGGAAAUCUUCACAUUCAUUGAUGACUAUUUGCUGAGCAACCAGGAGCUGGCACGGAGAGUGGAGCAGAGGGACGUGUGCGAGUGACCUUGAGCCAGGGUGUGGCUGAAGCAACUGUCCUAGAAAGCUUAAACUGAGGAGGAAAUGCCCACCCCCACCCCCACCCCCACCCCCGCACUGUUGGAAGCAGCCCUCGGUUGGGGGUGAGGUUUGCCAAAU